AUGAGAGAAGAUGGAAAGGGAGUAACAGACCACAAAGCGAGUAAUGGAAGUAAGAAUGAUGAGAGAAAUGGGGGAGCGGAAAUAGAGAGAGAUGGGCAAGAGAAGAGUCAUAGGGAGGAACAAAAGAAGAAAGGAGAGGGGGAAGAAGAAGAAGAAGAAGAAGAAGAUAAUGAUGAUGAUGAUGAUGAUGAUGAUGAUGAGCCAGAUGAAUGGGACCAAAGAAUAGAAAAAACAGGUUGUGCAAAGGAGAAUCUGGCACUCCAGUUGUGCCAUUAUGACACCGGAGACUGGAGAAAAUGCAUUGAUGAAAUGAAUGCAUUCCGUAAGUGCUGGUCCGAGCACCAAAACAACGAAAGAACGCAUGUUAAGGAUAAUGAUAUCUCUGAUUUCUGA